AUGGCUCGCCUUCUCUCAGCAGUGAAUUUUUCCUUCAGUAUGCCUCAAACUGGAUUUGCUGCUCUCACCCUUUUCUUCUGUGCCUUUACGCUUUUUAUGUGUGCAUCUCACUCCAGGAGGUGGCGACGGUGGAGUGCUUGCUACACGAACAGGGGCAAUGAGCCUGUUAUACAGCAGCUUCACAAUGAAGGGAUGAUAUAUAGUCCCACAGAGGCAGGGGAGAACCAAUAUGUAUCAGGACCUGUUUGGCAAAAGAACAUACUCAUGGGAGGCAAAUGCCAGUUACCUGAUUAUUCUGGGGUCAUCAUUUACGACUCUGCUGGAAAUACCGUCACACCAAACAAGCCUGCUCGACUUGCUCUAACUUGGAAGUAA